GCUGCUGUCUGUGUGAUACAGGAGCUGAAGAGGUCAAACACGAUGCUGUUUUAUUGAGUACUUCUGCUUGUCUGUUCUAUUUGGAAUUCAUAUGACAACUGGACUACUAGUCAACGAGAGUGGGCUACUGGAGAGUAUUGGAAGUGGAACCUAAUUCUGCAGACUAGAGUCAUCACAGAUCCUUCUUCUAUUGUCAUAACACCACAGAGUGAUGAUUAACUCAGGAGCUGGAUCAGGAGGUGUGUGUAGGCUGCUGGCCUCUUUGCUUUAUGGGCUGGAGUCGCACAUGGACACCACAGAGGACAGCACUUUUCUACAGGACAUGCUCAUGGGCAAUACUCUGCAUCUUCUUAUUAAGGUCUAUGAUAGGCUGCAGAAGUACAGGGCUCUGCAUCCUGCUCCACUGCUGGAUAGCGCGCAGGGCCUGGCUCAGGAGUUGGCAGAGGAGCUGCAUGGAGUAGUUGCCUUCUCAGAGACGACAGAGCUUUUAUACCUCCUCUCCAAACCUCAUUUACAGGGUCUUCUCUCAGUGCAUGACAUAGUGGCCCAAAAAGACUAUGACCCCCAGCUGCCUCUUCUGCCACCAUUACCUGAUUACAAAGAGGAUGUGGAAGAAUCAGUAAAGAUCAUAUGCUUGGUUAAAAACCAAGAGCCUCUGGGAGCCACCAUAAAGAGAGAUGAGUCCACUGGAGGACUAGUGGUGGCUAGGAUCAUGAGAGGAGGAGCUGCUGAUCUAAGUGGUCUUAUUCAUAAGGGUGAUGAGCUCAAGGAAGUCAAUGGAGUUCCAAUGGAGGACAAGAACCCAGAGGAAAUUAUUCCCAUACUAGCCCAGUCAGAAGGAGCAGUGACCUUCAAAGUAAUCCCAGGCACCAAAGAAGAGCUGGAGAACAAAGAUGCCAAGACUUUUGUGAGGGCACUUUUUGACUACGAUCCCAAAGCAGACCCUGCUAUUCCAUGCAAAGAUGCUGGGUUGAAGUUCAGGAGAGGAGAUGUGUUACAGAUUGUAAGCCAAGAAGAUGACACCUGGUGGCAGGCCAGACGGCAUGGUGACGCCAACCUCAGGGCUGGACUGAUUCCUUCUAGACAGCUUCAGGAAAGGCGAGUGGCUUUACAGAGACCUAAAGCUCUGUUUCACCCAACCAGAGUGUCACUGACCGACAACAUGGAAGAGUGCAUUUUUUUCUCUUCUUUCUGCCUUGCAUUCACCCGAUCACCAGAGGAUGUGGACUAUGGAGCAAUAAGUGGCAUACAUAUAGCUGGUUUAAGGAGAAGUUUCCGCUUAAGCAGAAAGGACAGCAAAAGUCAAGUGAAACAGAAGAUGGGUGGAGGUCAUCGCGGCAUCUAUACACCAAUAUAUCAGGAGGUCUUGCCUUACACCAGAAAACCUGAUGAGCCCUAUCAUCUUGUGCUUCUAACCGGGCCGAGUGGGGUUGGAGUUACUGAGUUGAAGAGGAAACUUCUACUCUCUGAUCCAGAACACUUCAGUGUAACUGUGCCAUAUACCACUCGGGAGCAGAAAAAGCAAGAGAGAGAAGGGGUGGAGUACCACUUUGUCUCCAAACACACAUUUGAAAAAGAUAUCCUCAACCACAAGUUUUUGGAGUAUGGUGAACACAAAGGCAACUACUAUGGUACAAGCGUGGAUUCAGUGCGCAAGGUUCUAGCGGAGAGCAAGGUGUGCCUGUUGGAUAUGGAACCCCACGCAAUAUCAGCCUUAUACACAACUGAGUUUAAACCUUAUGUUGUAUUUGUAAAGCCCCCAUCUAUUGAGCACUUAAGACUGAGCCGAAGAAAAGCUAAAGUUCUGUCGUGUCCAGAUGAGCAGACACCCACAAAAACAUUUAAGGAGGAGGACUUUGAUUAUAUAAUUGCCAUUGCCCAAGAUAUGGAGAAUAAAUACGGCCAUUUGUUUGAGAAAGUCAUCAUCAAUGAUGACCUGGCCAUCGCAUUCACUGAGCUGAGAGACGAACUCAAGAAGAUUGAAACAGAGAGUCACUGGAUCCCCAAUACAUGGGCUCAUGUCUGAGAGAGCAAAUUAUGUAAACUGAACUAGUAAAAGGAAUGAUCACUUUUGAAAUGUUUUGGAGAUUUUCAGCAUAUAAAAAACACAUCAUAUUAUUGUAAUUAUAUGCUUAUAAGCAGUAGUGUGCUGGCCAGUCAUGAAUUAAAUCCCCUCAUAACCACCAAACUCAUGACACUGGACUGAAGUGUUCUUGUUAUUCCUGUGCUUGAAAUAGGUUUGUUUAUGUUGAGAAACAAGUAAUUGUAAAGAAUUUUCAUCUCACCCAAAUUCCUAUGUAAUGAUGUAUAUUAUGUUAUAUUACUGUAUGAUUUCUAUACAGUUAUUGCUUUUGUGCACAGUUGUACCUUGUGUUCUGACAUUAAUCACUUGCAGACUCUCCUGAGCAAAGAUGUGUUCUCAGUUUGGUUUAAGUGGUGUGGAGCAAGACUACAGUUUUUUCUUAAAUUGUGACUGCAAGAUUGAACUCUGGAUUAGACCUUUGAAACAGAUCCAGGUAGCUCUACUAUGUACCAAACAUUUCCAAUCCAAGUGUAGAUUUGUUCUUGACAUUGAAUUCAACUCAGGGCUU